AUGCAAAGCGUGGCUUUUGUCUGCGGCUUUGCCGGAAUUGUCGGAUACGUUCUUUGCGGCUACCUGCCAAUUAGCGAAGAUGGAGUCGUGCAAUUGGACAUUUUCUUUAUCUCUGUCGGAGUUUUCAUCAUUGGCGCGGUAAUGAAUCUUUUCUCCAUUCCAGAGUCGCCAAAAGAAGAAACUCUCAAAACAAGUGUCCUCUCCAUCUUCAAGAAUAUUCCCCCUCAGCUUUUGAAAAUGUGCCUUCUGUUCCUCUUCAAUUUCUCCAAAGACUUCCCCUUCUACAUCUUUUUCACCACAGUCUACGCCGAAAGCAUGUUUGGCGCUCAUCGACCAACAAUUGAAAAUUCCGGAAACAAGACGGAAGAAGAAAUCGACAUAAUUUUCAAAGAAAGAUUGACAGAUGGAACUCUUGAAGCGUCAAAAGUGUUUAUUGCGUUUCCCGCUGGUACGAUGCUCUUCAGCUUGAUUUUUGAAAAGGCAAAGAUCUUCAGACGAUUCGGGAUCAAGCAAGGGCUCUAG